UGAUUAUUUAGCAGAAAACGUGUUGUCAAGGCUAGGUAUAGAAACACAACACGAUUCACUCUUUCCGGAUAAAGAUCAACAUUUACAGCUAACACGAUGAAGCCGCCCUCUCGGCCUCGAAUACAACCGACGCGCUAUGUGAACAAGAAGACCGAAAAGACUGUCUCGAACCGAAAACCAAAGUUCGCGUGCACGGGAUGGAGUCGGACAGAACAACAGGUCCUGCUGCGGUGCCUCAACAAGCAGAACAAGAUGACCGGCGGGAUCCACGGGGCAAUAGACCUAGAGGCCCUGCACGAGAAACUUCCCAAGCAGUCCACAGAAGAAAUCCAGUCCCAGUUGGAGUCUCUGAUGAUGCGUGUGCUGAGAGCGGUGGUGGGUCAGGUGAAGAGGCAGAGGUCUGAGCAGAAGGCAGCCCUGAAGCCCAUCCAGCUGUGGGCUGAACUUGCCAAUGAUAUGGCUGGAGCUUUGGAGGAACCCAUCACCUCAGCCUUCGCUCAGAUGCUAGUCAUCUCAGCCACAGAGCCUGGCAGCCUGACCAACUCGGACCCGCCUCGAGAAGACUACCUCCCUAAGCAACAACGCUCCAACUUCAAGACCAUCCCACCUAGACCCAUACCCACCCCAAAACCCCCAGCCCCCACAGGGGCAUCUAACAGCCCUAUAGUGUUUAACAUUGCUUCUACACCCCAACCACCACCUGCAGUGUCCGUACCAGUCUCUGGUGUUCCCACCGCCCCCACCACCCAGCUGUCCACAAUAAACCCUGGUUCUGGUGCGUCCAAACAGAGAGGCAGAACCACUACACCAGCCUCUACGGUUGGAGUCCUAGCCCAGCCUGGUUGCUCUAACUCAAGCAUCCUCAGUCAGAUUCAAGCAGGGGAUGCCAUGUCCAGUGUGCUUACUGUACCAAUGCCUGUACAGUCCCCAUCUGCCUCAUCGUCUGGUCCUACUACAACACUUCAGUCCCAGUCGGUGCCACAAGGUGGCGCUCGCGGUCAGACCUUCACAUCCAACGUCCCUUCCACUCAGCUGGCAGUGAUGUCCUCUCCUGCCGCUGCCGGUGUGUCAACACAACAACAACAGCCCUCUGCUGCAGCCUCCUCUACUAGGCCUCAGCAUCCCGGGGCUGGGCCAAGGAAAAGUAAACAUGCGGAUGAGAACACUCCUAGAUACACAGGCCUGGGGAGCAUCGUGGACUUUGAGAAGAUCUAUCGGUUCUUGAGUACGGUCCACGUGCAGAGUGAAUGUUUCAGACUGACUCCUAUGGAAAGUGCUAUAUUACUGGACCUGCUGAUGUCUCUGCCUGAAGAGCUCCCCCUCCUGGACUGUGCCAGACUGCAGCACCACCUGCUCCAGGUCCAUGAGCGGUUCUCAGCCCCGGUUCCCAAGGUGUUCCGGGGGGGCCCCAGUACUGGGAGGCCCUGGUCCUCGGCGGCGGGAGGAGAAGGAAUGAAAGCGGGAGAUCAAAGAAGACAAGAUGGAGGAGCAACACUUGUUGCUGUGACAACGCCCCCAAGUCAAGAUGCUGGAGACAAGGUGGGGACCUCACUUCAAACACAACAGGAGAGUCAGGUAGAAGGAGGGAGAGGUGGGGCUAUUAGUAGGUUGCCAGAUGGUCAGGGAAGUGAUGGGAUGGAAUGUGCCUUAACCAAUCAGGGUGUGGCUGCAACGGUGGUGCCUGUCAACCUGGUCGCCGGGUGUUCCAAUUCUGUUGCUAAGGAUGGGGCUGUGCCGUUGCAGGGGAGUACAAAGGAAAGAGCAGGAACUGAGACUUUCGCACCUUCACAGGACAAUGGACAAGCCCAUGGACAAACGCCCUCGACCAAUGACGCGUCAGCAAAGUCAGGGACGGCUAUGCAAAGGAAACCUGACUGGGAGAAGGUGGGACUCUGUCCCCUUAACCCCUUCAUGGUGCCUUUGAAACUGUUGGCACGGCAACAGAUCCAGUCAGUGGAAGAGGUGGUGUUACAGUAGCCUCCAUUUUGUUCAUAUUCAUAUUUUGAGAGGAAAAAACGAAAUAGCUGACAAUCUUGAGGAUUUCAUAGCAUGUUCUUAUGCACUUGAUUAGUAAAAAUAUAUAGUCAUGUUACAGCAGUACUUAAUACGUUAUUUAAUCAGAAAUGUCUCACUUUAACCUUCAUUCAUGGUUCAUUUGAUUGUGGUUUGUGAAUUUUAUCAGUUGCAAUUAUUGUUCUAUUUGUGUCAAUCUUAUGUCUUUAAAACAGAAUUUGCAAUUGAAUGGUUGCUUUGAUAUUAUGCAGUUUAAAAAAAAAAUGAGUGAGGAAAUAAAUCUUUGUUUUUAUUACACAUUUCAAA